AUGCCUCGAAAAGACUUUCUAAGGGACCUCGAACGGGCACGCCGCCCGGGGUGGUUCCCGCGCCUCAGUGAUGUGAGGGCUGGUGAAGACGACGGUUCAAUUUGCUUCACUUAUACUGCAGGCUCUGGGAGCCCUGUCAAGAUCGACAUUCAAGCUCUUAUAUCAGAUGUCUCCCAGUACCCGCAUAACCACGAAUAUUUUGUGUUCUCGACCUCUGACAAUGUUCCUUCUGCUAUAGCAAGCAGUCUGGAAGAGGUACAGCCCAAGAUGGCAGGUUUACCUGUGAUGGACUUCCUCGGCGUUUUGAGCGAUGUGAUUGAAAAUGGCCGCUCGCCGGAUCGGAAUCUCCAUGUCAGAUCCCGGCGCGCCGGUGAGAAUGGCAGGAAUAAGAUUCAUAGCGAUUCUUUAUCUGAAGAUGGGACGGAUUGGGAGUUCUCGAUUCAAGAUCAUAUCGAUGGACAUCCAUCGGAUGACGAAUUACUUCCUCCGACUGGCAAUGACUCUGAACUGAAAGCAAAGCUCCGACACGAUCUCUGCGCUGCAAAGGCUGCCGGGUUCAAAGUCGGGUACCUGGGCGACUUAACUGGAUCAGUCAUUGUCUCAGUCUCUUGCCGUAUUGCAAAACUUGGGAUCUCUGACGAAGCCAUGCAAGCCUGGGGUGUUCAUUCCAAUCAGUACCUAGUGCUAUUGAUCCGUUAUCCCCGCCAAUACCUAGAUUUCUACCAGAUCCUUCACGAGGAGUCGAGAGUGGGCAAGUUGUUGGUGCAAAUGCACGUUGGUCUAUGCGACUCAUACAAGCCAAGUCUUGCCAGUGCCCUCCAAGCGUUCAUGCCCUUUGCAAACUCUCUUCACGAUCAGCAAAGCCUUCCACAUGAGACAGAUAACUGUCGAAAGUUGGAUCCCUUGUUUAUUGAUAGACCGCUUCAAACUCUUCUCAAUGAACGUUUUGUCAAGAUUGUGAGUUAUAGAUACACAUUCGGUUUCUCGUGGGCAGGCGCGGAACUCUACUUCAACAACAGCCAAGGGAAGUUGCUAGACUCUGAAGAGAUAGCGGGUGAAGAGUACUUUGCACCAGAGGAUUGGGGCAGCUCAGCUCCGAGAUUCCUUGCUGCCGACCACAUGUCGGACACGUUUCCUCCUGCUCGCUUGUCUUUCCCUCUGCUGGCUAUGCAAUUCACGCUCCGCCACUUUGUGAAAUGUACGGAGUUCUGUCUCAUCUGUCACUGUAAAACCGAGGCAGGUUUUGAAGCCCUCAAGCCAUAUGUUUGCUCAAAACCCUUAUGCCUCUAUCAGUACAUGGCGCUUGGGAUGGGUCACAGUCUCGAAUGGGAGAUACUAUCGCAGCCAUAUGUGGUUGACUUGCUUAUCAGCUUCACGUAUAGCAGCGCACUAGACGGUCGUCUCAACGAUUUCCCCACUGGUCUCGGAUUGAAGGUCCCUCCAGUUGCCGAGUGUGGCCGUGACUUCAUCCAGAUGUUCCACAAUCAAGUCUCAUAUUCGUCCUUAAUACCCGAUAUGCGGGCCCCCAGUUCAUAUGCGGCCGAUCUAGAUCCCAACGAAAUGAAGCUUGUUUUUCAGAUGGCUACCCGAGAACCCUCUGUUCGCCCUGGUGACUGGAUUGUCGUCAUCGGCCGUGAGCUGGGCGGCAAGGUCCUGCCUCAAAGUCAUUGGCAUUGUCGCGUGAAGAGUACGGAGGACUGGCCCUCUGUCCAACUUGGGAGUCCGGUCAUUCGAGGGAUCCCUCCAGAUCAGAGGCAGGAUCAAAAGCGAGAAGGAGGAAACCAGUUUGAGUCGGUGGUAUUCUUCGUCUAUGACCAGAACUUUGACAAUCUUGACAUAGUAGAGAAGAGGAAGGCGAUAAGGAUGCUUUUGGACACGCUUCCCGACGUUGAUACGAUGAAGGCUUAUCUGACCGGCAGCGGGAACGAUUCCGAUCGGCUUCUUUCGUCUUGGAAGGACCGAAUUUCCGGGUCUGCUCUCGACGUGCUGCGAUGGAUUGUGGCGUCAAACAGGUCGUGCAUCAUGCAAGACGAUGACAUUGACCCCAACAGCAAUUCGGCCGCCAAUGACAACCUGGUUUCCGGUAUGGAGGGCUACAUGCAAUUCCGAUUUGCGCAAGGAGCGCCGGACAAGGAGCAAAGAUUCGUCGACGCGGUCAAUUCCACCGUUUCUCGUCUCAAGCCGAAAUAUCCGACUCUUUUUGCCUGGCACGGAAGCCCCCUCUCCAAUUGGCACGGCAUCGUGAGGGAAGGUCUUCACUUUAAACAGAGACUGCACGGUCGCGCAUACGGAGAUGGCGUCUAUAUGAGCACGGAUUUUAGGACCUCUCUUGGCUAUUGUGGGUAUUCGAAUUACAGACAAUGGCCAAACAGCAAAUUGAGGAUCACUAUGGCCAUUUCGCUCAAUGAAGUGGUCAAUGCACCAUCGGAGUUUGUGUGCAACAAGCCACAUUUUGUGGUCAAUCAGCUGGACUGGAUUCAGCCAAGAUAUCUCUUUGUGAAAUGUGAUACUGGCGGGAACAACAAUGGACAUCCGACUCGACACGCCGCAGAGAAGCAGCGACCCUCUGCUGUCUACGAACAAAAUCCCAAGUACCCAGUCAUUGGACCGACAGGACCAGUUGAUAUCCCAAUCACGGCUCUCAGCCAACGCCGGCGCGAGGCCUAUGAAGCCUAUACGGAAAACAAGGCGACACCCACAAAAAGCAAGAAGCGGAAGUCUGGGCGCAAGGCGGCCACCCAAGAUGCGGAUGCGGACAGCGUUGAGACUGACAAUGAGGAUCUCCUGAUUCUGCUUUCGGACACUGAAGACAAGAAGGAAGGAGAAAAAGAAGAAGACAAGGAGGUGGGUCAGACAAUCAUCAAGCCCACUAAAGGCAAAUUGCCAAAGCUGUUACUCUCCUGCAAGAAAAAGAUCACCGCCGCCGCCAACUCGACUCCAAAAACCGAUUUCCGGCCCGGAACCUUGAGCGAGUCGUCACUGAAGCUCCUCGCACCGCCGAAAUACGCGACCAGUUCGGCGACCAAAACCCUCCAACAGCAUCUCCAGACGACGCUGAAGAUCCAGGAGACGCAGCCCCUGCACGAGCUGGGGUGGUAUAUCGACCCGAACCUGAUCACGACGGUGUACCAGUGGAUCGUAGAGCUGCACACGUUCGAGCCAAACCUCCCGCUGGCCAAGGACCUGAAAGCGGCCGGGCUGCACAGCGUCGUGCUCGAGAUGCGGUUCCCCAAGGACUUCCCCAUGUCGCCGCCGUUUGUGCGGGUCAUCCGGCCGCGGUUUCUCGAAUUCCAGCGCGGCGGCGGCGGCCACGUCACGGCCGGAGGGGCGCUGUGUAUGGAACUGCUCACAAACUCGGGCUGGUCACCGGCGUCGUCGAUCGAAAGCGUCCUGCUGCAGGUGCGCCUGGCGCUGUCCAGCACGGACCCAUUCCCUGCGCGCCUCGAGGAGGGCCAGAAGAAAGGCAAGGGUCUGCCGAAGGAGUACUCGGUCGCCGAAGCGGUUGACGCGUACCUGCGAGCCUGUCGCAGGCACGGUUGGGAGGUUCCCCCGGAUUUUCAACGCAUGUCCUGGGGUUAA